UGAUUGGCUUGCAAUAACUAUAGGUUACAAAGUAUAUAUUAUGCAUACAAGCUCUGCGGAGCUCAGAACUUUGCUCGGUUUCCUAACACCUGCGUGUGUUGAGAUUGUUCUCAGGUUUGCAAACUUUAACUAUUAAAUUUAUUUACUCAAUCUUGCCUGUUCUACUGAGUCUCUGUCUUACAGAAGUUUAAAGUGUAAACUUCCACAACACUGACAUGAAGCAUUGCUCCAAUUUUUGUUCCACUUGCUGAAACUUGUAGCACAUUUACAGACAGUUCCCCUAAUACAGGUACAGAUGAUCAACAAUGACUAGAGAGCUCUAUGAGUAGCUGUUGGAUUGCUAACUCAACAUGCUCACUCUACAUGAUAGUGAAAUCCACCCAGAUGAAGUGGAUAUCUACCACGGCAGUUUCAUCAACAGAAACAGAAGUCAGGUAUUGUUCAGCACGAACCAGAAGCAACACUACAUUAGGUCUUGGAUUAAAGAAAAUAUCAGGAAGAAAGAGUGCAAAUACUAUGUGGAAAACACAGCAGGAGCAGUCACUGGAAAAGAAAUCUGUAAGUGUGGCUAUAGGAAGGCGUCUCAUUCUGAAGAAGCUGUUAAACAUGAAGAGUUCCUGGGUGAAACGUGGGACCUGAAAAGGCAUGUCCGUGAAGAACCUACUGAUGCGUACGGGGACAUCACCUUCACUGGCUUGGGGCAAAACGUUGUCAAGUUUGUGCGGGUCUCCUCAGACACUAAACCGGACACCCUGUACAAGCUGAUGAGAGACCACUGGGGGCUCAACGUUCCCAACCUGCUGAUCUCAGUCACCGGAGGAGCCAAGAACUUCCACAUGAAGCCCAGGCUGAAGAACAUGUUCCGCAGAGGGCUCAUCAAGGUGGCCCGCUCCACAGGUGCGUGGAUUGUGACGGGGGGCUCCCAUGCUGGGGUAAUGAAGCACGUCGGAGAGGCUGUUCGAGACUACACCAUGAGCAGCAGCUCCAAGGAAGGGAAGAUCGUGGCAAUCGGCAUAGCAACCUGGGGGAUUGUACACAACAGUAAAUGCCUGGUCAGCAGUGAGGGGAAGUUCCCUGCCAAGUACACCCUGGAUGAGGAGAGUCAAGGCAGGCUGUCCUGUCUGGAUAACAACCACUCCCACUUCAUCCUGGUAGACAAUGGCACCCACGGAACAUAUGGUGUGGAGAUCGCACUGAGGGGCAAGCUGGAGAAAUUCAUAUCCGAACAGACCCUGGGAUGCACAGACCAUGGAAUAAAAAUCCCUGUUGUCUGUGUAGUACUGGAGGGAGGACCAGGCACAUUAGACACUAUCUACAGUGCCGUGAUGAAUGGCACCCCGUGUGUAGUGAUGGAGGGAUCAGGGCGUGUGGCUGAUGUGAUUGCUCAGGUGGCAAACCUGCCUGUGUCUGAGAUCACAAUUUCACACAUCCAGAAACAACUGAAGACAUACUUUGCUGAGGACUUCAAAACCUUUUCUGAUAUCCAAAUCUUGGAAUGGACUAUGAAGAUUCAGGACAUAGUGAGAAUGCAGCAACUUUUGACAGUUUUCCAGCUAGAGAAAGAAGACCAGAAUGAUAUGGAUGUAGCCAUCCUCCAGGCACUUUUGAAAGCUUCGAAAAGCCUUGAUAAUCAAGGUAAAGAGAACUGGGAUCACCAGCUCAAGCUGGCUGUAGCCUGGAACAGAGUGGACAUCGCCAAGAGUGAGAUUUUCACAGAUGACAAGCAGUGGAAGUCCAUAGACCUGAGUGAUGUGAUGCUGGCGGCGCUGCUGGGAGACAAACCUGACUUUGUGAAGCUGUUCCUUGAGAAUGGGGUGGACCUGAAGGAGUUCUUGACUGAGAAGAGGCUGCUGGCGCUCUACAACAACCUGCCGCCCACCAGCCCUUGCCUCCGCAGGAUCCUGAAGAAGCGAGAGGAGGAGCAGCUCUACAUGAAGAAGCCCAGGACCUCCUCCAGCUGGGGCAUACAGCUGUACCACGUAUCCGAUGUGCUCUGCAACCUGCUGGGUGGCAUCACCAAGCCCCUCUACCCCAGGCCCAGGGACAGAUCAACGCAUGCAGUGCCAAUACCACAGCUUGGAUCAAAUGACCUGGAGAGUUUUCAGAAUUUAAUCACCAUGGAUGCAAAAGACUCAAGUGUUGAACGGCUUGAUCCUACCAGAGACCUCUUCAUUUGGGCAAUUCUAGAAAACAGGAAAGAGAUAGCCGACAUUUUCUGGCAAUUGAGCCAGGAUUGCAUUGCCGCAGCCCUGGCAGCCAGCAAGAUCCUGAAGGAACUAGCCAAAGAGGAGGAGGACACAGAUCUGUCUGAGGACACGAAAGCUCUUGCAGAACAAUAUGAGAAACAAGCCAUUGGGGUGUUUACAGAGUGCCAUCAGAGAGAUGAACUUCGUGCCCAAAAGCUGCUGACCCGGGAGUCGGUGGCCUGGGGAGACACGACCUGCCUGCGUCUGGCUGUGGAGGCUAACGACAAAAACUUUGUGGCGCAAGGAGGAGUCCAGACCCUUCUUACACAGAUCUGGUGGGGAGAGCUGGCGGUGGACACCAGGAUGUGGAAGGUGUUGUUGUGCAUGUUUAUCUUUCCUCUCAUCUGCACUGGCCUCAUCAAAUUCAGACGGGACAGGGUGAUCAAAAAGAGAAACCCUCGAAGAGACAUUAUGGGCAGCAAUGACUCUAUGGCACCAAGCUCCACUGACAAAAAGCUGCAAUCUCGAUCUCGGGAGCUCUCUGAGGAGAACCUGAAGCCAAUGACACGCCUCACAGGUUUCUACAGCUCUCCCGCAGUCGUCUUUUACUGGAACGUUUUGUCCUACUUUGGGUUCCUCUGGCUGUUUGCCUACGUGUUGAUGAUCGAUUUCCAGGUCACGCCAUCGUGGAAGGAGCUACUGCUGUACAUCUGGCUCUUUACUGUGGUUUGUGAGGAGAUUAGGCAGUUUUUUCAUGAUCCAGAUGGAUUUGGGUUUCGUAAGAAGGCAGUCAUUUACUUCAGUAACCCAUGGAACAAGUUUGAUGUGGCUUCGAUUUGUAUUUUCAUUGCUGGACUAGCAUGCAGGUUGACCACCACUGCUUUCUAUGAGGGUCGGAUCAUUCUAGCCUUUGAUUUUAACAUUUGGUGCCUGCGCCUGAUGGCCAUCUUUACAGUCAACAAAAAUCUUGGACCAAAGAUUAUCAUAGUGAAAAGAAUGAUGAAGGAUAUCUUCUUCUUCCUAUUUUUGCUGGGGGUUUGGGUGGUGGCGUACGGAGUUGCCAACCAAGCCAUCCUGAUCCACAAUGAGGAGCGCCUGGACUGGAUCUUCCGGGGCGCUGUCUACGAACCAUAUCUCACCAUAUUUGGCCAUAUACCGGCAAAAAUUGAUAAUACUGAUUUUGACAUCAGUCAGUGUACUGUAGAUGGCACUGACCCGCUGAAACCAAAGUGCCCAGUUCUCGGUGACAAUAACCAGCCUGUUUUCCCGCAUUGGAUCACCAUCAUUUUGCUCUGCAUUUACCUGCUUUUUGCGAACAUACUGCUACUCAACCUUCUCAUCGCGAUGUUCAACUACACAUUUCAAGAUGUCCAGGACAACACAGACAAGAUCUGGAAGUUCCAGCGUUAUGGCCUGAUUGUGGAGUACCACAGCCAGCCCCUAUUCCCGCCCCCUUUGAUCAUCUUCAGUCACCUCCACUUGCUCAUAGUGCGCAUCUUCUGCAAAUCUAAGACUCACAAGCAGUUCAAGAAGAAGUUGCCAGGGAACGAAGAAACGGGGCUGCUUUCGUGGGAGGCUUUCAUGAAAGAAAACUAUCUGACAGACCUUCAUAAUGAACUGAAUCAGAGCAGUGAUAACAAGAUACGGGACACUUCAGAAAAAGUUGGCAUGAUGGUGGAUUUCUUAGAAAGAGGCAAAGAAAGGCAAUCUGGUAUUGUGGAGAAGAGACUGGCCCAUCUCGAAGAACAGGCUUUCCAGUCUGCUAAAGCUUUAAACUGGAUUAUGAAUGCUCUAAAGAGUAAAGGCUAUGGUUAUCAAGAUGAAGUUCCAUUGCUUUUAUCCAACAGUAAAAGUAUCGAUACAGCAGACGUGAACUCCACAGAGGCGAGUGAGGGUGGAAAACCUCAGUAUCACCUCAAUGCUCGACAGCUCCUCUACCCUGCUUCCAGUGUGAAACGCUUCCCAGUUCCGGAUGAGAAAGUACCUUGGGAGGUACAGUUUGAUGUUUACUGCCCUACAAUUUAUAAUUCAGAUAGUGUAUCAAGAGCAAACUGUGAGAAUCACAAUGAAUCUUCAGACGAUGCCUCAAGAGUGAACUACAAAAACCCCGUGGGAAGGACUGGUUUGGAAGGAAAGGGGAAGUUACACUGGUUUGGACCCAAUCGUGCCCUGGACCCAAUCAUUACACGCUGGAAGAGGAGCUCGGAUGACUCUGUUUCCAAGACAGGCACAAAGAAAGUUUUGGAAUUCAUUGCUAUCAAGCGCAACAAAUUUGAACUUUGGUCCUUUCCAGGGGGAGUGCUUCAGCUGGGUGAGACUUUACCAAAAAGACUGAGGCAGCUACUAAGCACCAAGCUACAGGAAGAGGUCCAAAGCAUGCUGGGGGCCGCCACCAAGGUUUAUGAGGGAUAUGUUGAUGACCCAAGGAACACAGAUAAUGCAUGGGUUGAAACUACUGCAAUCAAUAUACACUUUGAUGAUACCAAGCACUCAGUGCUUGAAUAUUUAAAUACAAUGUGUCUACAAGACUCCAAUACAGACAUCUCUGUCAGGUGGCAGGUAGUGGAUCAAAAGAUCCCUCUGUAUGGAAACCACAAAGAGAUUCUGCAGAAAGUUGCUCAAAUCCAUAAUGCGCAUUAUUGACACAGACGACUGAUGCACUGCAGAAAACAAUGAAUGUAAUAUAUAUAGGAAAUAGGUGGUCAUUUUUUCCUUACUUAAUUAAACAAUGGUAUAUAAACACUUAUAGCAUGACAAUCGGCAACACUGAAUUUUAAUUAUGUACACCUGUCUUUAAGUCAAAGAAAACCCCAAAAGCAAGUACAAAUAAGUAUUAUCUUAAAACAAACCCAUCCAAUUAAUUUAGGGUAUGGUUAGAACAAAAAACAGGAGGGACACAUGCCCUCCAUGACCUGAGUUGUGCACCACUGGUGUAAAGAAGGGCUCUAAAUCUGUGGUGCCCAACUCUGGUCCUGGGGUUGUGUCGGCUAGUUUUCUUUACAACUGAGCUCUCAAUUACUUAACUAGACCCUUAGUUGAACUGUUAAUUUGUUUAAUUAGACCUUUUGUAAUGGUUUUCAGCUCUUAAAUAGUUGCAUAAUUAAAGUUACUUAUGCAAUGUUAUAGCUAACUGAGCCAAUAUCUCAGAGUUUGGUCUACCAUCAUCCAGAAAGUCACAUAAAUGUAUAUGGAGCACAAGCAUAUGUAAGAUAUUAUAUUAUACUUGGAUAAAUUGUCAGGUACAUGAUGGAGGGGGGAGGGGGGGGGGGGAUCUUUUAUAAUGAUCUAAAAAGAGGAGAGUCUUCAUCCUGCCAUUCUCACAAUCAUUCAACUAUGCUUCUGCAGAUCUCUUAUUUUCAUGAUAUAGUUAAAUGGAGGUAGUUUUUAUAGGUGUAGAUCAUUAAAAUAGUCCCUAAAACAUGUUUUUGCACCUUCAUCUGUGUAUUUAUAUAUAUAUAUAUAUAUAUAUGAUUUCCUUUAAUACUUACUGACAUCUGUUUAGCAUGUUCCUCUACAGCGUGUCACUGGACACAGACCCGAAUCUUAUUUGCGUGAAUGAUCUUUCCUUGGGAUUUAUAGAUUUGGAUUACUAUAAUAAUAUAAUACUUUUUUUAAUACUUUUGUACAGCUUGUCUUCAUAAAAUAAACGCAAUAUUGUUUGCACAGAUAAUGUAAUCAUUAGUUUCUUAAGUUUUUAAUUUUUAUAUUUUUU